AAAGUAUUAAGAAUGUACGCAGAGUUUUCCAAAGAGAAGGCUUGGAGUUAUCCCUCAGCCCUGCCGAGCGUUACAUCGGGGUGGCCGCAGUGUCUGUAGAGUAAUGAUACUGAGCAUCUUCCACUACAGCUACCAUGGGCCUUCCUCUCCUUGUCUUCUUCAUCUGCGCAGCGAUUCCCGUAGAAUUUGUACUGGCCACCGAGGUUUGUGGAGACCUUCUGCACGACAAGUCGUCUCCACCGCGACACCUCCACGCCUUCAGAAGCUCCUGUUAUGAGUUUGUGGAGGAAUCUCUGGACUGGUUCCAGGCAGAGGACGCCUGCCAGGACAGGGGGGGCGAGCUCCUGGAUGUCGUCGACAGCAAGGGUUUCCUCCAGAGCCUCAAGGAAGGGAAUCUGGAGUCUACCCUGACCUGGUGGCUCGGAGAGGGGGUUGAAGAAAAGGACCGUGUACCCCCCAUGGAGUCGACAGAACUGGAGGCUUCGAGGGGCGCCUCCUUAUUCCUUUGUACCUACCUGGACCCCAAGAAUAACCUGGUGACAUCCAAGGAAUGUGACAAGAGGCGGGGCUACCUCUGCUCUCUGGAUAUACUGCCUACAGAAGAAGCAACGGAUGAAAAACGAAAAACUCGUAAGUGA